AGCGCCCCGUUUCGAAUGCUACCUGCAGGCAGGAUGCUGGCCCACCUGGACCCAACAACUUCCACCGAAAAACUAAACAAAGAACAACAACAACAGCAACAAGUUUGUGUUUCUGGAUCGAAGAAGAUGAGGGUUUUGUUGGCUUCUUGUGUUGCGUUGUUGAUCCACUUUUGCAGUGCUUCUGAACCACUCUCGGUGGAUGGCACGGUGUUGGUACUCGACGAAUCCAACUUCGAUUCCGCUAUCUCCUCCUUCGAUCACAUCUUGGUUGACUUUUACGCUCCCUGGUGUGGCCACUGCAAGCGUCUCUCUCCCGAGUUAGAUGCAGCUGCCCCUGUACUUGCAGCCUUGAAGGAUCCCAUAGUCAUAGCAAAAGUAGAUGCAGACAAGCAUACCCGCCUUGCUAAAAAACAUGAUGUCGAUGCGUAUCCAACCAUUCUUCUGUUUAAUCACGGUGUACCCACAGAAUACCGUGGACCAAGGAAAGCAGAUGUACUUGUUCGUUAUCUAAAGAAAUUUGCUGCUUCUGAUGUUUCCGUUCUUGAUUCAGAUUCUGCUGUGAACAAUUUUGUUGAAGAAGCUGGCACUUUUUUCCCAUUAUAUAUAGGUUUUGGGCUGAAUGAGUCGGUAAUAGAAAAGUUAGCCAUAAAGUAUAAGAAAAAUGCAUGGUUUUCUGUGGCUAAGGAUUUCUCAGAGGAUCUUAUGGUAUUGUAUGACUUUGAUAAGAUUCCUGCAUUGGUUUCUCUUAAUCCACAGUUCAAUGAGCGGAGCACAUUCUAUGGCCCCUAUGAAGAGAACUUUUUGGAAGAUUUUGUAAAACAAAACCUGAUUCCUUUGGUCGUGCCAGUUUCCUAUGACACACUUAAGUUGAUGAAAGCUGAUGGUAGGAAAAUAGUUUUGACAAUUGUGGAGGAUGAAAAUGAAGAAAAUUCAAAGGAACUGAUUAAGUUAUUGAAGGGUGCUGCAUCUGCAAAUCGUGACUUAAUAUUUGGUUAUGUUGGAGUUAAACAGAUGGACGAAUUCGCUGACAAAUUUGAUACCAGUACUAAACUACCAAAGAUGGUCAUUUGGGAUAAAAGUGAUGACUACCUUUCUGUUGUUGGUUCAGAAAGCAUUGAAGGAGAGGAUCAGGGAACUCAAAUCACUAAAUUUCUAGAAGGAUAUAGAGAAGGAAGAACUGUACAGAAAAGACUUAGUGGGCCUUCACUGAUGCAAUUUAUCCAUCGAUCUUUUGACAUUAGAAUGGUGUACAUGAUUGUAUUUAUGGUCGCAGUAUUCAUACUUAUUCAGACCCUUGGCGGUAAAGGAGGUGAUGAACACCAUAGAGUACCAAAUCAAGAACAGGUAGAUCAUGCAAGCAGCUCUGUUUCAGAAGUUGAAAGCAAAGAAGAGUAUAAACCAGGAGACAAAAAGGAAGAUUAAAUUUAACACAUGCAAUCAUCAUCACUGAACGUGAUCAGGGAUACUCUAAAGAGCACCUUACCUAUUGGUAUGUGUAAAUAUUUAGAGUUUGCGUAUUUCCUUAAUUUUGACUUUUGAGUACUGUCUAAACUCUACGUUUUUCUACAUUUUCAUUUCUUAACAUGAAAAGGCUUAUUUAUUGUUUCCAACAGGGAGAUGAUAAAAUUGUUGACUUUAUUAUGAUUUACUUACAUCCUUCCUAUAUAUAUUUUAACUUAUUAGUA